GCCGGUCUGUGUUGGUCUCUAAAUCGUUGACCAAAUCCGCCAUCAUUUAUUGCUGGCUGAGCACUUCAACUCCUACGGCACGGCCUAGCUAUGUCAUGCCAAAUGGAGGAAAAAAGGCCGUGUUUCCCACCUUGGAGUUGCACAGCCACGACCCACGGGCUGCGGCUCACGACCAGAAGGACAGAACCAAGAAGAUGCUCCACCAAAACUCCAGGAGCAGAUCAGAGAGCAAGGAUAGUCCGGACACGGAAAAGGCGGAUCACUCUCAGUUUCAUACCCAUGCCGAGAAACAUGGCCAUACCGAAAAACACAGUCAUACAGAGAAACAUGGUCAUACCGAGAAAAAUUGUCAUACAGAGAAACACGGACAUACCGAGAAAAAUGGCCACUCUGAGAAACACAGUCAUGCAGAAAAACACAGUCAUAAUGAGAAACAAUCCCACACCGAGAAACAUAGUCACGCCGAGAAAGUAAAACAGCCGAAACCCAGCAAGUCAUCGGACAAGGAGAAAGAUUCUAAGACGGACACGAAAGAGAAAUAGCAGUUGGGAUGUUGUGAUUGUAGGGGGAGUGGGGGUAGUGCGAAUGAGUGAACCAGCUGGUGAGAAGAAGUAUACCAAUGCAGUGUCAGGCCUAAACUGUAGCUUUACUCACUUCAUCCAUAGAGUAGAAACACUCGUACAUAGAAAACAGUGAUUCAGCAUCCGUCAUUUACAAUAUGUCUCAUAUAGCUUUGUAUUUUACCACUGACUCGGGGACGCAUAAUUCUUAUUUAAAUUUCAGUUCCGGCAUAUAGGGCAAAUGGAGUCUUUUGAUUGGCUGAUCCAGCAGUGACGUUAUGACUUUGGGUUCAGUUUCCUAACUGGGCUACCCUAAUAUUGAUUGAAAAUAUCGAUUCGAUUAGUAAAUCUUCAUUCGAUGUUUUCAUUAUCAGCAAGUUUGGUUAGUUAGGUUAGGUUAUAACAGUUUAAUUUUAUAAUUGAUAUUUAAAAAUAUCGAAUAUCUACUUCGGCCAUCAGUCAUUGUUGGAUCGGCCAAUCAAAUGACUCAAUUCGCCCUAUAUGACGGAUCCAAUUGAAAUAGAAAUUAUGCAUCGGGUGCAAAAGUCUUUUCGCUUGUCUGUGAUUAUACAUGGACAACGCAUAUGGCCAUAGCCUUCUCUAAAGGCUCGUACAAGGCCUCAGCGUUGGUGUGUGGCAACGUCGUACCUGCCGAUCUAUUGCCAUGGUAACAACAACGUGUAAACACACGUGGAAAAAAGCUCUAUUAUGAAAGUGUAAAAGCUGUUUCGGUAGGCCGGGGUUGCGAUGUUGCCACGUCCCGCCGCGGCCUUGUAUAAGAGGAGGCUAUGUAUAUGCGUUUUCUGUGUCCGUUUCCAAACGGCCAUGUUCUUUAAAAAAUAGUUGUUUGACUGUAUCUAGUCCUAUUUAAAUUAAGUCAACAGAAAUAAGAAUGAAUUACACGCUGUCCUUGUUAUUGUUGUUCUACAUAGUCUACGCAUAUGGCCAUCAGGCCAUAGCUUUCUCUAAAGGCUCUACAAGGCCGCAGCGUUGGUGUGUGGCAACGUUGCACCGGCCUAUUGCCUUUAUAGGCUAAUAACAAACGUGUAAACAUACACAUUCGGUAGGCCUGGGAUACGGUGUUGCCAUGCCUCGCUGCGCCCUUGUAUUAGAGGAGGCUAGGCCUACAUGUAUAUGCGUUUUCUGUGUCCGUUUCCAAGAAGCCAUGUUUUUGGAAAAAAAUGUUUGACUGUAUCUAGUCCUAUUUUAAAUCGACAAUCAGUCGUUUUAAAUUAAGUCAACAGAAAUAAGAAUGAAUUACACGCUGUCCUUGUUAUUGUUGUUCUACAUAGUCUACGCAUAUGGCCAUCAGGCCAUAGCUUUCUCUAAAGGCUCUACAAGGCCGCAGCGUAGGUGUGUGGCAACUUUGCACCGGCCUAUUGCCAUGAUAGGCUAAUAACAAACGUGUAAACAUACACAUUCGGUAGGCCUGGGUUGCGGUGUUGCCACGCCUCGCUGCGCCCUUGUAUUAGAGGUGGCUAGGCCUAUGUAUAUGCGUUUUCUGUGUCCGUUUCCAAGCGGCUAUGUUCUUUAAAAAAAUAUUUGUUUUAAAUUAAGUCAACAGAAAGAAGAAUGAAUGACACGCUGUUUUGUGUAGUCCUUGUUAUUGUUGUUCUACAUAGUCUACGCAUAUGGCCAUCAGGCCAUAGCUUUCUCUACAGGCUCUACAAGGCCGCAGCGUUGGUAUGUGGCAACGUUGCACCAGCCUUUUGACAUUAUAGGCUAAUAACAAACGUGUAAACAUACACAUUUGGUAGGCCUGGGUUGCGGUGUUGCCACGCCUCGCUGCGCCCUUGUAUUAGAGGUGGCUAGGCCUAUGUAUAUGCGUUUUCUGUGUUCCUUCCCAAGCGACCAUGUUCUUUAAAAAAAUAUUUGUUUUAAAUUAAGUUAACAGAAAGAAGAAUGAAUGACACGCUGUUUUGUGUAGUCCUUGUUAUUGUUGUUCUACAUAGUCUACGCAUAUGGCCAUUAGGCCAUAGCCUUCUCUACAGGCUCUACAAUGCCGCAGCGUAGGUGUGUGGCAACGUUGCACCAGCCUAUUGCCAUUAUAGGCUAAUAACAAGGUAGGCCUGGGUUGCGGUGUUGCCACGCCUCGCUGCGCCCUUGUAUUAGAGGAGGCUAGGCCUAUGUAUAUGCGUUGUCUGUGUCCGUUUCCAAGCGACCCCUUCGCAUUAUGAUCGUUAAAACAUGUUAUGACUGUACAUGGUCCUAUUUAAAAUCGACAAUCAGUCGUUUUAAAUUAAGUCGACAGAAACAAGAAUCGAUGACACGCUGUUUUGUGUAGUGGUUAUUCUGUGUUCUUGAGUAUUGAUUGUUGCUUAAUUUGUGUCUGCUAUUCCCUAUCCCCUUCCCUAACCGAUGAAGUUUGUGUUCAAAGACACAUAGCUGAGUUGAAUACACUGUGUAUCGCUAAAUUAGUCUAAGGUAAAAUUUUAAGUCGAUGUGGAAAAAUUACAAAUUACGAUUAAUUUAAAAGUGUAAACAAACCAUUGGAAAAUAAAUUGUAUAAUCCAGCAAAAUUAUUAUUAUUGGCGUUAUAAGUGUAUAAUUUGUGUUGAUGAGUAUUUAACUUUGUGUGAUAAUUCUCUAAAAUGUACGGAAAUAUCUCGACACUGCUCUGUACUCUAAACAUUGCUCAUGACGAAAAUAUAAAUAGGUAAAUUUAUUAUAUUUUAACAUACAUAUAUUGUAUAAUGCGUAACGAUAGUCUAGCUUAUGUAUUUAAUGUAUUAUUUGUGUAGCAUGGUAAGUUAGCUAAGAAAAUGUAUUUGAAUAUAUUAUUAUUAUUUGCGAUUAUUUGAAUAUAUAUAUUAUUA